AUGCCAAAGUUUAAACCAGCACCAAAAGACAAAGAAAUAAUAAACAAAGCCAAUAUUCGUGGCAAAAUUAAGGAUGUUAUUUAUUUUUCCCACUAUAAAAAAUACGCGAUAGUUAUUAAUAAAGUUGCUCGCCUAUAUGCAAUUAGAUUAAUUAACUAUGAAGAUGAUGGUGGAGACGGAGUGGAAAUAUUAGCAGUUAAAAGAUUUCCUGACUUGAUAGGGUUUUAUCUAACAAAGGAAGAAGUUGAGAAUAAAGUCACAAAAGAAAAAGAAUCUUCACAAAACUUAUUGGCCGAUGUAUUAAUUAAAAAAGAAAUAAAGGAAUUAAAACAAGACAUCCUUGAAGAAAUAAAAUCUCAGUCAAAUAAUGUGGAAGGUGGGGAGAUUGAUUAUUCCAAAGCUUUGGCUUAA